AUGGCACCCAUUACUGCUAGCAAUAUCGCCCCGCGCGACUCAAAUGGCUGCCCGAGUACUCUGAGCGGCGGUUCGAUCGCCGGAAUCGUGAUCGGCUCCAUCUUCGGCACGCUGCUGAUUAUCUGGCUCUGGCGCUUCUUGCAACUACCCUGGGGCAGCGACGACCGGUCGGAUGUUGGAUACCGGCCUCCUGUUACUCGGACCGCAGCUGGCGACGAGAGGAGACGGAGAAGACGACCUUCUCAUGUGGACUAUUAUGUGGAGAAGCCGCGGAGCAGUAGUUCGCGACGAUAUCGUGACGACGUACGGCGGCCAGCCAAGGUGUACUUAUCAUGA